GAACGGGACGCCCUUGCUGAACUCGAACAACUCGCCCACGGUCAGCCCCAUGUUGAGCUCGUGCGAUACAGUCGCUGGAGCUCAGAAGAGAAAGAUAUCGAGCCCCUUCCUCUCCUUCUCUCCCUCCUCUCAGCCGAUGACGUCUCUCCCUGUAAAUAAUAAGCGGUUCGCUUCCUCCAAGAGCUCGGCGCCCUGCACGUCUUCGCUAUGGCAGCCAACUGGAAGGCUGUCGGUGUUGAGCUCGGGCAAUGAGAAUAUGGCAAAGAGCGGGGAUAGGCAGCCCUCUUCGUUCAGCUUCCAAGACGGCAUCAACUUCGGGCACAGCCAUGACGGACACGAUGGAGUGAACCCGGCCAGCCCUGCACUGUCAGCGCAGUCGUGCGGGAGCAUGUCUUCCUACUCUCUGGGGCUGCAGUCUACCAGCCAUGGGGCUAGAGAAGAGGCGCCGACUAGUGGACUGAUCGACCAGACGGUGGCGGUGCUGAAAGAGUACCAGAACAGCCCUGAGAUGCGAAUGGCGGGGUCGAGUCAGAUCCUUCCGCUGCCCAGCCCCCUCAUCAGCCCGCUGAUCGGGCCGAUGAUGGCGCCGAAGAUGACAGAGGCAUGAGAGGGAAGGAGCGUACCUCCUCUCCUCGAUGCCCCCUUCCUACUUGUCAAACUAUCUCCCUUUGUACAGAAACUCUUGCGACAGUAAUGUUUUUCUCUUGCUACUUUUUUGAAGAAUGCUUGUAAUCAAUGAUGAAAUUC